UGGAACCACUGCGUGCUGGAAAGACACUUCUUAAAUGCAACCGGGAUUACAGCGAGGCAGAAAACAGAAAACAUUUCUUUCUUAAGUACACUGGACAACCAUUUUUAUGCUGUGAUGGUGGGAUUGGAACAUAUCUACGGAUCAAUGGCCUGGAACUAACAACCACGAUAUGAAUAACAUGGAAUUCUCCCUCUCCCCACACCCCCUCAAAGAAUGGUCUUCGGGGAAUGAAUCAGCGAAGCACAGCCCACAGACCGAGCUGCUUUGACCCAAGUUACACGGGAACAUACAGACAAGAGUUGCAACACACUUGUGAUGCAGCCACGACACAUCUCCCAAAUCCCACCACCUUGGUAGCCAAGAGGAUUGACAGCUACCAUGGGGACCCGGCGGCUGGUGACCUGCUGUCUGUCUGUCCCAUGCUUCCUGCUUCUCAUCAGCUGUAACGUCCUGGCUUUCAUGAGUGCAGAGCACCUCCUGCAGUGUGGCAAGAAGGAGCACCCCAUGGUCCUCUUCAGAGAUUUGAGUCCAUGGGUGUCAAAUUUUAGCUUUCCAGGAGUCUCUGACUAUUCUCAACUGGCCAUUGAUCUCAGCAGGAACCAACUGAUAAUUGGAGCCAGAAACUACCUCUUCCGCCUCACGUUGGACAAUGUCUCUCUUAUACAGGCAAUGGAGUGGGGUCCUGAGGAAGAUACCAAGAAGGCUUGUCAGAGCAAAGGGAAGACCGAGGAGGAAUGUCAGAAUUAUAUCCGAGUGCUGCUCAUCAAUGGAAAGAAAAUCUUUGCUUGUGGAACCAAUGCCUUUUCUCCAACCUGCACCAAUCGACAGCUGGGAAACCUGAGCAGGAUCUUCGACAAGAUUAAUGGCGUAGCAAGAUGUCCCUAUGAUCCCAAACACAAUUCCACCGCUGUGAUUACCUCACGAGGGGAGCUGUAUGCGGCCACUGUGAUAGACUUUUCAGGUCGAGACCCGGCGAUCUAUCGUAGUUUGGGAAACAGACCUCCUCUUCGAACUGCGCAGUACAACUCAAAAUGGCUCAACGAACCAAACUUCAUCUCAGCCUACGACAUCGGCCUGUUCAUCUAUUUCUUCUUCCGCGAGAACGCCGUGGAGCACGACUGCGGCAAGACUGUCUACUCUCGGGUCGGGCGGGUGUGCAAGAACGACAUAGGCGGCCGCUUUCUGCUGGAGGACACGUGGACAACCUUCAUGAAGGCCCGGCUGAAUUGCUCCCGUUCGGGAGAGGUCCCCUUUUACUACAACGAGCUGCAGAGCACAUUUUACCUUCCUGAGCAAGACCUCAUCUAUGGCAUCUUCACCACCAAUGUGAACAGCAUCGCAGCCUCUGCAAUCUGUGCCUACAAUCUCAGCGCCAUCACCCAGACCUUCAAUGGACCCUUCCGAUAUCAGGAGAACCCUCGGUCAGCUUGGUUGCCUGCUUCAAACCCCAUUCCCAACUUCCAGUGUGGCUCACUUGGUGACCACGGGCCCAACGAGAACCUGACCGAGCGCAGCCUCCAGGACGCCCAGCGUUUCUUCCUCAUGAAUGACGCGGUGCAGCCGGUCUCUGUUGACCCACUAGUAACUCACGACAAUAUGCGUUUCUCAAAGCUUGUGGUGGACAUCGUGCAAGGCAGGGACACGCUGUACCACGUGAUGUACAUUGGCACAGAGCAUGGCACCAUUCUGAAAACCCUCUCAUCCGAGAACAAGAGUCUGGGCGGCUGCUACUUGGAAGAACUGCAGCUGCUUCCACCUGGUCAACGGGAACCCAUUCGAAACUUACAGAUCCUGCACAGUGACCGGUCCCUGUUUGUGGGACUCAGUGGAGGGGUACUGAAAAUCCCACUGGAGCGAUGCUUCUCUUACAAAACCGAAGUGUCUUGUCUUGGAGCCAGGGAUCCUUACUGUGGCUGGGACCUGAGACAGAAAAAAUGUACUACCAUCGAGGAUAGCUCCAACAUGAGUCUGUGGAGCCAGAACAUCACCGACUGCCCGAUGAGAAACCUCACGGUGGAUGGUAAAUUUGGACCUUGGUCUCCGUGGCAACUAUGUGAGCAUACGGACAAGGAGGCCACAGGAUCGUGCAUGUGCCGCUCCCGGUCAUGUGACAGCCCUGCUCCACAGUGCGGAGGUCACGAGUGUGAGGGAUCCAGGAUUGAAGUGGCAAAUUGCUCAAGGAAUGGAGGUUGGACUUUCUGGGCUUCUUGGGCUCCAUGCAGUACCACCUGUGGAAUUGGAUUCCAGGUCCGCCAGCGUUCCUGCAGUAACCCCACACCCCGCUACGGAGGAAGAGUGUGUGUUGGCCAAAGCCGGGAAGAGCGGUUUUGUAAUGAGAACACCGCCUGUCCUUCUCCUGUCUUCUGGUCCAGUUGGGGCCCGUGGACCAAAUGCAGUGCCGACUGUGGUGGAGGGAUGCACCUGAGACAGAGGACCUGCCAAAAUGGGAACACCUGCCCGGGUUGUACUGUGGAACACAGGGCCUGUAAUGUGGACCCAUGUCCCGAGGUGCGCAGGAACACGCCGUGGACGCCCUGGAUGCCGCUCAACGUCAGCCAGAAUGGGGCCCGCCACGAGCAGCGCUUCCGCUACACCUGCCGGGCACCGCUAGCAGACCCGCACGAUCUCCAGCUGGGAAAGAAGAGGGUGGACAGCCGGUUCUGCCCCGUAGAUGGAACCUCAACCUGCUCUACUGACCAUCUUGUUGAUGACCUUUUAAAGUUCAGCCACCAAGCUCUCCGCAGGGUCAGCGGUGGAUGGUCGGCAUGGAUGCCAUGGUCAUCCUGUUCCCGGGAGUGCGAGACGGGCUUCCGCUCCAGGAAGAGGAGCUGCACCAACCCAGAGCCCAAGAAUGGAGGGCUGCCCUGCAUGGGAUCCCCCAUUGAGUAUGAGAAUUGUAACCAGCAACUUUGCCCAGUUAAGGGAGCUUGGUCCUGCUGGUCACCUUGGUCCCUGUGCUCUGCCACUUGUGGUGGUGGACACUACCAGCGUACACGGACCUGUACCAAUCCAGUGCCAGCUAACAGUGGGGACAUCUGCAUUGGGCUGCACUCAGAGGAAGCUCUCUGCAACACUCAGGCUUGUGAAGGUGGCUGGUCGGUGUGGACGGAGUGGAGCCUGUGCGAUGAAGACGGCACACAGUCCCGCAGUCGUCAGUGUGACGUGUCCAAUCCAGGGGUGGGGCAGUGUGUGGGGAACAGCACACAGUAUCGACCCUGUCUCUACAAUGAAAUCCCAGUGAUUCAACCUGCAAUUGGGAGUGACACCAGCUGCGGACGUUUCAGCAUCUACCACCUGGUUGCUACGGGUGUUGCCUCCUUCCUGGGCACGAGUCUCAUCACCCUGCUGAUCUACAUGUACUACCAACGAUGCCACAGGCAAUCUCAGGAGUCUACAGUCGUUCAUCCAAGCACUCCCAACCACUUAAACUACAAAGGCAGCAGUCAGGCAAACAAAAAUGAGCUCUACAAUCCUAUGGAAAUCAAGACUCUGAACAAGAACAAUUUGAUUCCUGAUGACAGAAGCAACUAUUUCUCCUCACUACAGCAGACGAAUGUGUACACCACAACAUAUUAUCCCAGCACCCUGAAUAAGUAUGACUACAGGCCUGACUCAUCACCUAGCAGAACCUACACCUAACUCCCACAGAGAUGGUGCUUAGAAAUGAACCAGAAAGGACCCCUGCAAGCAAACCAUAAUCAUAGCAAUGCUAGUAGGCAUCAUAGUAUCAGCCAAUCACAGUUCAAAUUUUCUUGAGGUCCUCCAUUAAAGAUUUGCACUUCUUCAAGAUCCAUAGUUCCGGCCAUCAAGACUCGUUUAUGACUUAUGAGAAACCAGGACUUAAUAAGCAAUGGAUUUUUUUUUAUAUAUAGACUCGCGGACGAAGAGAUAUAAUUCGUUUCUGACGGGAAAAGACUGAACAAAGCCGUAAAAAUGACCGCCACGACGGCUGAACAGUUCAAACGUUGCUGCGGCAACCAGUCAUCUCGAUGAAACUGUAGAUUUGCUGAGGAUUUCCUCAUCAAGAUUAAUUGGUACCUUGAGAAUGUGACUGUAGAACCAAGACGUGGAAAUACUCCUUCAGAACUGAGAGGGGAAAAAAAUGACAUUAUUUUUGUUAUUAAUCAAAAAGGGUUUUUUUUUCUCUUCCCCCUUCAGUGUUUCUUUCAGUUGGAUGUUCUGUGAAGCCUAACAGUAGCAAAGCAUAGUCUUACAUAGUAUUUACUGUAUAGAAAUGGGCCCUUUUGCCCAACAGGUCCAAGCCAGUGUUCAUCUUACCAGUGUUCACUCACAUUUCAUAUCCCCUAGUCGUAGGACCAUCAGAAUGUUCCUUGUUUUAAACUGACCUGUUGCUUGUAAUGUGUCCUCUGUCCCCGCAUCCCUUCCCUUUUCUCUGCUCCCUUUCCUUACUGUGAAUGUGAAAUGUUUUCUUUUAUGUAGGGAAGUCAGUUGAUUAAUAACCACCCUAUGACAUUGUAAAUUUGUUGGAUUUGGCACUUGGGGGAAGGAAGGAGAAGGAAGAACGUUCAGAAGGACAAAGCCAACAAUUCUUUGCUUAACCAGGGACUUCCAGCAAAUCAAUUUAUACCAUCAGAAAUUAAUUGUGAAAUAUUUAAAGCAACUGUAUUUUUUUUCUGUUGUUUAAUUGACAGAUCAAACACGCUUUUUACAAAGAAGUUAAAUCCCGUGCUUUGUUUAUUUGAGAGGAGUUGGAAUGGUACAGCAGAGCUGGAGGCCAUUCAGGCCGACAUGGUUGAGCCAGCUCAUUUAAAGAUCUAUCCAAUUCCCUGUACUCUGUCCAGAGCACUGAUCAUUUCCCCUUGCAACAAAAAAAAACUGCUGGAGGAACUAAACGGGUCAGACAGCAUCUGUGGAGGGAAACGGACACUUGAUGUUUCAGGUUGAGACCCUUUGUCUGGGUCUAUUUCUCUCCACAGAUGCUACCUGACCCGCUGAGUUCCUCCAGCAUUUUGGGGACACAAAAUAUUGUAGAUGCUGGAAUCUGGAACAACACACAAGAUGCUGAGUCUUGACCAGAAACGGCGACUGUCCAUUUCCCUCCACAGAUGCUGCCCGACCCGCUGAGUCCUUCCAGCAUCUUGUGUGUUCCUCCAGCAUUUUGUUUGUUGUUCCAGAUUCCAGCAUCUGCAGUCUCUUGUGUCUCAAUAGUUUUCCCUCCUCAUAUAUGUUACAAAGUUCCUUUGGAACCUGCUUUCCCUGUUGAACAUGACAGCCUAAGUGGAAAAAAAAGCAACUUUUUUGUUGCCAUUUAUUUUAAAUCUCUGUUGUGUGGUUAUUUAAAGGCCUGAUUUUAGUGAGUUUGUUGUUGAAAUAAUUUUAAGGAGGGAAGAUGAACUCUUAGCAUUAUUUUAAAAAAAUGUUUGCAGCCACUUUAAGGAGAAGUGCAAUUAAUUUAACAUUGGAUUGCAACCCCUGGUUGGAAAGGGCGGAUUGGAUUCUUGUAUGGAUUCCCAGAUUUUUCAUUCUCAUUUCCUUUGGGAUUUGGAACUCACUGUCUGUGGGGGAGGUGGAAACAGGGAAUUGGUUAGGCAUCAGUGGUGGGAGGUAAUGAGAAAUGGUUUGUUCCUCAGAGAGCACAGUUUCAGUGGACUAAAUGGCCUCCUGUGCCAUAACGAUUCUAUAAUUUUAUGAUUAUACUGUUAUGAUCUCCAAGACUAAUUACUUUUGAAAUCAGCAAACUCCUGAACAAGUAAUUCAGGGUGAAUCCUUUGAUGGUUUAUACGCACCCUUGUCCCUUAAUAUGAUCACUUCAGUUCAUGUUUGGAAGAUCUAAUUACUGCUUCACCCUUGAUUAACCUACUCCGUUGAAAUAUGGCCUUUGAUGUUUGACAUGAACAGGUUGUUCUGAGAACUGGACACAGGAGAAUUCAUCCUCUAAAUUCAAAGUCAAAGGCGAGUUUAUUGUCAUCUGCACAAGUACAUGUUUAAUUACAGGUGCAAUGAUAAACUUACUUGCAGCAGCAACACAGAUGCAUAGCAUCAGAUAAGCAGCAUUCACAAGGAAAACAUAAACAUAAAUUAUACAUAAUUUUUACAAGAAAUAAUACAAUUAGAACAAAAAUAAGUCCAUUUUAGUGAAAAGUGGUCAUAGUGUUGCUAAACUGUACUGAUUAUGGUUAUGCUGAUUGGUUCAAGAACUGAAUGGUUGAAGGGAAGUAGUUGUUCCUGAACCUGGUGGUGUGGGACUUCAGGCUUCUGUACCUCCUGCCCGAUGGUAGCUGUGAGAAGAUGGCGUGGCCCGGAUGGUGGCCCUAUGGUGCCAUAACAUGUUCUGAGUUUGUUUCUUUCAUUGUGUCCUGGAGACAUAUAGCACAGAAUCAGGCUCUUUGGCUCACCAUCUCUAUGCCGACCAUUAAGUAUGAAUCCAUACUAAUCCCAUCCACCAUCACUUCGUCCGUAGCUUGCUAUGCCUUGGUGAUUCAAGUGCUCUUGCGGAUACUUCUUGAAUGUUGUGAGAGCUCUUUCACCUAUUUCUUCCUCACAGGAUAUGGAGGUCAAUGGCAAACCCUGUAUUGGGAUUGGUUUAUUAUUGUCACUUGUACCGAGGUACAGUGAAAAACUUGCCUUGCAUACUGAUCGUACAGGUCAAUUCAUCACACAGUGCAGAUACAUUGAGUUAGUACAGAGUGCAUUGAGGUAGUACAGGGUAAAAACAAUAACAGAAUACAGAGUAAAGUGUCACAGCUACAGGGAAGGGUUUUAUCCUUAAUCCCGCUACUCAAGAGGUAGUUAAAAGCCAACCACAUUGGUGGGUCUGGAGUCAUGUACAGUCAGGUAAGACCAGGUAAGGACAGCUGAUAUCCUUCCCUGAAGGGUGUUAGUGUAGAUGAGGUUUAGAGAAAAUUCAAUGGUCUUGUGGUCACCAUUAUUAAUUCAAUUUUUUAAAAAAUUCCGGAUGUAUUUAGUUGUUUGAAUUUACACUCCACUGCUGCCAUGAUGUGAUUCAUACUUACUUUUCUGCAUUAAUAGUGCAGAACUCUCUGCUAAUCCAGUAACAUAACCAUUGCACUACCAUAGCCUCUAUUGAAAUGAUGGCACGGUGGUAUCUCACAACUCCAGUGACCCGGGUUCGAUCCUGACCUCGGGUGCAAUCUAUGUUGAGUCUGCACGUUCUCCCCGUGACCAUGUGAGUUUAGAGUCAUGGAGUAAUGCAGCAUGGAAACAGGCCCUUCGGCCCAACUCAUCCAUGCUGACCAAGAUGCCCAGCUAAACUAGUCCCAUUUGUCCGUGUUUGGCCCAUAUCCCUCCAAACCUUUCCUAUCCAUGUACCUGCCCAAGUGUCUUUUAAAUGUUAUUGUACCUGCCUCAACCACUUCCUCUGACAGCUCGUUCCAUAUACUGACCACCCUCUGUGUGAAGAAGUUGCCCCUCAGGUUCCUUUUAAAUCUUUCCCCUCUCACCUUAAACCUAUGCCCUCUAGUUUUUGCUUCCCUUUCCCUGGGGAAAAGACUGUGUGCAUUCACCCUAUCUAUGCCCCUCCUGAUUUUAUACACUUCUAUAAGGUCACCCCUCAGUCUCCUACAUUCCAAGGAAUAAAGUCUGAGCCAGCUCAAUCUCUUCCUAUAGCUCAGGCCCUCAAGUUCUGGCAAUAUGCUAGUAAAUGUUCUUUGUGCUCUUUCCAGCUUAAUGUUGUCUUUCCUAUAACAGGGUUUCCCCUGAGUGCUCUGUUUCCCUCCCACAUCCCAAAGACGUGUGGGUUCUUAGGUUAAUUGGCCGCUGUAUAUUGCCCCUAAUUUAGGUAGGUGAUAGGAUUGAUGGGAAUGGAAGGGAGAAUGUUAAAGGAAAAAUCUUGGAGGAUGGGAUUACUCUGCGAGCUGGCAUAGACUCGAUGGGCUUUAUGGCCUUCUUUUCUGUUGUAGAGGGAUUAAUUACAGAUGGACAAUAAAUAUGGAAAGAUAAAUGGAAAUAGUUCCAGUAUUUUGUCCAUGUGUGUUACUGCAUUGAACGUUUAGUGCACAAGACAAAAAAUGUCUAACAUAGCAACACCAGAAUUAACAAUUCCAUUGCAGUUCAAGUACAGGAUUUCUCCUGCUGGCUUGAUACUGUGCUCUGAGCAACUCCUGACCCGUCAUCAGACUGUGACGAGAUACAGAGAUGGUCCUGGAAUGAAGAGCAGACUAGUGGUUAUGCUAAGGGAUUGGAUGAGUCUCUGAGAUCGGGGUUGAAGUGCAUUGAUGUAGCACUUGAUGGCUUGAUAAUAAGCUCAAAAAAUCUUUCCUUUAUCCAUGCAUUGUCUUAAUCCAGAUGACCUCAGUUACAAAAAAAUGACAUGGAAUGAAUUUUUUUUAAUGUUUACCGAAGCUCAAUUCAGAGCUGGACAAUUGGUAUCAGUAUUGAUUUGUAUUGUCACAUAUACUGAAAUACAGUGAAAAGCUUUUGUUUUGCAUGCCAUCCAGACAGAUUGUUCCAUACAUAAGUAGACUGAAGUAGUAAAAAGUAAAGCAGAAUGCAGAAUAUAGUGUUACAGUUACAAAGAAACUGCAGUGCAGGUAGACAAAUAAAGUGUAAGGGCCAUGAGGCAGUAUUGGUAUUGGUUUAUUAUUGUCACGUACCGUGAAAAACUUGUCUGGCAUACCAAUCGUACAGAUCAAUUCAUUACACAGUGCAGCUACAUUGAGUUAGUACAGAGUGCAUUGAGGUAGUACAGGGUAAAAACAAUAACAGUACAGAGUAAAGUGUCACUGCUACAGAGGAAGUGCAGUGCAGAUAGACAAUAAGGUGCAAGGUCACAACAAGGUAGAUUGUGAGGUCAGAGUCCAUCUCAUUGUAUAAGGGAACCAUUCAAUAGUCUUAUCACAGUGGGGUAGAAGCUGUCCUUGAACCUGGUGGUAUGUGCCCUCAGGCUCCUGUAUCUUCUGCCUGAUGGGAGAGGAGAGAAGAGAGAAUGACCCGGGUGGGUGGGGUCUUUGAUCAUGCUGACUGCUUCCCCAAGGCAGUGAGAGGUAUAGAGUCCAUGGAGGGGAGGCUGGUUUUCAUGACACGCUGGGCUGUGUCCACAACUCUCUGCAGUUUCUUGUAGUCCUGGGCAGAGCAGUUGCCGUACCAAGCUGUGAUGUAUCCAGAUAGGAUCAAGAGUUCAUGUUUAGUGUACCCUUUAUCUUUAAUUGAAGACAGAGUGUGCAGCUGGUAUAGGGACUGCCUCACAACACCAGGGACACGGGUUCGAUCCUGACCUUGGGCGUGGAGUUUGCACGUUCUCCCCGUGACAAGUGUGGGUUUUCCUCUGGGUGCUUCGGUUUCCUCCCACAUCCCAAAGACAUGCAGGUUGGUAGGUUAACUGGUCACUGUAAAUUGUCCCUGGUGGGUAGCUGGGUGGUAGAAUUUGGGAGUAAUAGAUGGAAAUAUGUGGAGAAUAAAAAAAAAAUGGACAAUGUAGGAUUAGUGUAAAUGGGUGGUUGAUGGUAGCCACAGACUCAGUGAGCUGACUGCUCUGUUUCUAUGGCUCUAUGACCCUAAAUUUUAGCUUAUAGUUACCUGAGUAAAAGCUGUGACUGUUUGUUAAGCUGUGACUAAAGUUCUUGAUGACCUUG